GGUUCGUGAGGACCGUGACGUGCCUUAAUAGUAAACUGUAAACCUUCGCCGAAGUUUGGAAGUCCCUAACGUGCCACUAUUUUCGUUAACUUGCACGGUUGUACGCGUUAUCUCUCCAAAUUACACAAAGAAUAAUCCCAUAUCAUGACCUAAAAUAGCAUUUCAACCACCACAUUCGCCUGCUCAAAUCAAAUAUGGACUCCUUCUCUUCCACCUCAUCCCUGCCGUACACCCGCUACCGACAGACGCUACCGGUGGCCGAAAGAAUCGUCCGCGCUAUCCGUCACCGCCUCCGCCUUCUCCACCGAUCCGAAUCCAACUUCUUCGUAUUAGGCGCUACAGGGAAUGUGUACACUGUGAUCCUAUCCACCACCCCUUCUUGCACCUGCCCUGACAGGACCACACCCUGCAAACACAUAUUAUUCGUCCUAAUCCGAGUCCUCGGUGUCUCUCUCGACGACACGUGUCUGCGAAGGAGGACAUUGCGGCCGUGCCAGCUCAGCCGCCUACUUGGGCUGCCUACGUUGCCUGAGUCAUUUGCCGGGGAGGCUCUUAGGCGGGCAUUUCAUGAACUUUUUUUUCAAUCGAGGCCGCAGAGAUCGGCGAUUGAGAUUCAAGAAGGGACGGUGUGUCCGGUUUGUUUGGAUGAGAUGGAUACAGGAGAGCGAGUGGCAGCUUGUGGGACGUGUAGGAAUAUGAUUCACGAGGAGUGUUUGUUGAAGUGGAAGAGGAGCGGAGGAAGGAGGUCAGCGAGUUGCGUGAUCUGCCGUGCACGGUGGAGGGAUAUGAGGGCUGGUGAAGAUAAGUACUUGAAUUUGGGUGCUUAUGUUAGCGACGAUGACGGUGGUAUCGUUUGCGGUGGGGUUGGUGGCGGCGGCUAGAUAGAAACACAAGAUGGAAUUGUAAACACUAACAUUAUGAAGCCCAAUAUGUAGUUAUGUUUCAAUGAUAAAAUUGUCUCAUGGUUAUCUCUCUCA